AUGUUCUGUCCAGGUCAAGAGGCUAACCCAACUGAGUUAGAAGGUGCUGCAGUUGAAUUUUCUCUACAGGAUGGUUGCUUUGUUAGUUUGGAGAAAUGUACCUUGCAAGCCGUCCGUGGUGCUUUGACGCGCUGUUUUACACGUAAUGCUGUCAGCCUUUGGUUCAUUCACGUAGCAUGUGUUCCACUUGCUCAGCCACCAGUCUGCCCUGCCCUCAGCAAGAACUCAUUCUCAUGCUAUCACUUCCACCACUGCAGGUGGAGGAAGAGCCUUGAUCAACGCCAGCCAAACAACCGCAACCUGCGCUGA